AUGAAAGAACUUCUUUCUACGGCGAAUUCUCAGGGAUCAGGCAUCUUAUCCGUCAGUAAUUUCGACAGCGCUGAAACCAAUCGUCAUGGCCCGUCUUACUGGGAUUUUAUGCUUCUGAAUUUCUUACAAGACGAAGAGUGUGGAUGUGUCGAUGUAAACGAAUGCGAAAUUAAUGGACACAACUGCCAUUUUCUUGCGGCUUGUGACAACACGAUCGGCUCGUUUGCCUGUCGCUGCCCUGAAGGAAUGAUUGGCGAUGGAGUCGAUGAGGAUGGUUGCAUUCCAGAUCCAUGUGCAAAAUGUGUGGAGGGAACAACUUGCUCUGCUGAGGGGAGCUGCAUCUGCGACGAAGGUACUUUCGGAACAGGCUUGAAGUGCGAUAAAAGUGACUCUAUUUUUCCAUUAAAUCGACCAAAAUCAUUUGGCGACGAAGAGAACUGCGAAGACCCUUUCUGGAUAGCCGCUGGAAACCUAGCCCUAGAAGAUAUUCCAACAACGGUAUUGGUUGAUCUGAAUGUCAAUGCAUUAGAUCAGUACGCCAAAUGUCUCCAGCUUCUUAAAGAAAAUGGUGUGAAAAUAUAUCACGAUGAAUCGCUCUGGAACGGAUUCAAAGCAUUCAACAUAAUUGCGUCAAAGCUUGAGCGAGUUCUGGCCACUUAUGGUGACUUCAUUGACGGCAUCUACUUGUCAAAUGCGCCAAAUAACCAGUUCGAUCAAUAUGGCGGCGUAGAUAUGUUUGCUAAACUGGUGAAUAUGAUCAAACUGCGAAAUCUUGGCGUGAUUGUCGACGUCAGAAAACAAAAAGAAGCUGUCAAGCUGUUAUCAGGAUCGCUCAAAACAACAAUUGGAAACCCCAUUCCAGCAGCUGAUAAAGUAAUUCUCUUCUUUGCAAACUUUAAUGAUUGGAUAAUAAGUUGCGAACAGAAAACGGAAGGCGUUUUCUGUGAUAGCGAUUCUGAACUAAUGCCCGCGAUCGCACGUGGAUUAAUUUCAAAAACUCAGCUAGCUGGCAUAUUUUAUUCGGUUUUGCCAUCUGAUACGGAAAGAGUUUUUAGGGCAGCUCAAGCUAAAAACAUCGGAUCAAUCUUCGUCUCCUCGGCGGAUAUAAACGCGGGAAACAAAGCAGACUUCGAUGAUCAAAUGGCUAUGGAGUUGACUUACUCUCUGAAGGGACUUUGGCCUAAAUGUGGAUGCUAUGACCAUGAUGAAUGCUCUGUGGAAGACACAGACGAAGCAAUUUGUCAGAGUGAGGAGGAGAUUUGUGUCAAUACUGAUGGAUCCUACACGUGCAUUAAUCCUUCAACUGCUCUUGGUUUAUCUGGUCGAGCUCGCGCCAUCGGUUGUUUCGAUACUUGUGACGAAAAAGCGGAGUGUAUUUUGGGAGCAUGUCGGUGCAAACCAGGAUUCGAUGGAAAUGGCCAAGACUGCAAUGCGCCAAAAAAUGAUAAGAAAUUUAUUAUACCAAUACGUCAACGACCAACGAUCCGUGGCGGUCGGUGCGUGGAUGCGUAUUGGAACGAAAUCUCCACAAUGAAGGAUGCUGUUGUUGUCCUUGAAAUUUACUCCACGAAAUGGAUGCCCUGCAUUGAAUUGUUGAAUAAAGAAGGAAUCACACUUUAUGCAAAGAUUGACGCAAAAGGAGGCAGCAUGGAUGAUCCUGUCAGCGCCAUAACAAAGAAAUUUAACAACCUAAAGAGGGUAUUUAAUGGAAAAGUUAAUCCAUAUUUGACGAAUCCAGGAAGAACAUUUGAAACAAACUGGGUCUACGAGGCAAUGGAAAACGCUCGCAAUCAGAAUUUAAAACUUGGGAUUCAAGCAUCAGAUGCCGAAUGGUCGAUUGAAUGCGUGAUUAAAAAGAAAAUAGAUCUCGUUGUGGUCUUCAAAGAACCAGUGAAAAAAUUUACCCAGAGCUGUGGAGAAGGCGGCCCAGGACCAUUUUGCGCGACGAGAGCAGCUAGAAAUUUGAUUUCUGAAAUGGUUAUAGCUUUGAAUCAAGGAAAGCUAAAUAAAGAUGUCUUCGCCAUCAUUGCAUACAAUGCGAAUGUGCGUGAUGUCAAAUCUGUGCUGGCUCUUUCCGAAACAUUCAAAAUCGACAGGGACGUCGACGAAUGCGCAGAAAAUAAAAACAUUUGUGGCGAGAAUUCAAUCUGCACGAACACUCAAGGCAGCUUCAGAUGCGAAUGCGCAUCUGGAUUCGAGUCAAAAAAUGAUCAGUGUGUCGACGUUGAUGAGUGUGCGCACUCCUUGCAUAACUGCGCCGCCCAAUCUUUCUGUGAAAACACGGCUGGCAGUUUCAUUUGCUCAUGUAAAGAAGGUUUUGUCGGUUCCGGCAUUGUUUGUAAUGAUAUUGACGAAUGUACAAGCGAAAAUGCUUGUGCGGAAAAUGCUCUCUGCACGAACAGUUUUGGAAGCUUUACAUGCACAUGUGCGCGAGGAUUCGAAGGCGACGGUAAAACUCAAUGCUUUAAAAAUACUUGCAAGGAAUGCAGCAGUGGAGCCAUAUGCAGUUCCACAAGCGAAGGAUGUAUUUGCCCCCCUGGAACCCGUGGUCCCGCUACGAAAUGCGAGGAGCAAAAACUUAUUAUUCCUAUUCGUUCCAUCCCUCUUGUCUCACUCAAAGCGGGUAAAUGUAUAGACGAGUGGUGGGCGGAAAUCGCAGCUCUAGGGAAGCGAGCUACUGUGUUACUUGUGUUUCCCGCGCGUACAUGGCUACCUUGUAUACGAUUAUUGCGCGAUAAUGGUGUGGAUGUCUAUCAACAGGUUAACGCUAGAAAAAGUCUUUUUUCAAAUAUGAAAAGAUAUCUGACGAAGCAAGUUCAGCAGAUAACUAGUGAAUUCGGAGGAAAAGUAAACGGCGCAUAUUUUAUGAAUCCUGGCGCGAAAGGCUUCUCACAGGAUCACUUUACUUCAGCGUUUGAUGAAGCUCGCCGUGCAGAAUUGAAAGUAGGCCUACAACUCGCAGGUAUUCAGUUCGACGCGAAUACAGUGGCGGCAACUGAUCUCUCAGUCGUCUUUAUCGGACACUUUAAUGAGAUGAGUACCAACUGUGGCGUACACGGGAAAGGUCCAUUUUGUGGCGCGAAGACUAGAACAUCGCAGACCAUGUCAAUCAAGCAAAAUAUCGCUAAUGGAGUCUAUGGUCCCGAGAAGAUCGGAGCCAUAGUGUUCAAUGUCCCCCGGCGACAUCUUGAAAAUGUGUUUUCCCUGGCAGAAGGAGAUGACGUUGGAUCAGUUUAUGCGUCAGAUUUUGGAAAAACAAGCGAGAAGAAACCUUCUUACUGGGAAGAUCUCGCAAAAGGACAAAUUGGAGCAAAGGGAAAUCAAGACUGCGGGUGCAAAGACAUCAACGAAUGCGAAGAAACUCCAGAUAUUUGUGGAUUAGAGGGAUCAUGUGAAAACAUUGACAGCGAAGGUUACAACUGUCAGUGUAUCGAUGGAUUUACAUUCAACGGAGAAACUUGUGUAGAUUUCGAUGAAUGUCUCAGUGCAGUUUGCGAUGAGAAUGCAACAUGUGAGAAUAUGAAUGGCGGAUUUUCUUGUAAAUGCGUUGAUGGAUUUGUCGGGGAUGGUUUAACUUGCACUGAUCUCAACGAGUGUGCUCUGGAAAAUAUUUGCGAUGAAAAUGCCACCUGUGAGAAUUUCGAGGGUGGGCAUAGCUGUAUCUGCAAACCUGGAUUUUCUGGGGACGGAACAUCCUGCGCGGAUAUCGAUGAAUGCACUGCGGAGCCUUGUCCGGAAAACUCGAGUUGUGAGAAUACGAGCGGAUCAUUUUCUUGUCAAUGUCUUUCUGGUUACAAAAUGAACCAAGGAGAAUGCGUGAAUGUUGAUGAAUGCGCGACUGGCAUUCAUAACUGCCAUGAAAUGGCUGACUGCGUGGAUACAGAUGGGUCCUUUGCCUGCUCAUGUCGUCGCGGCUUCUCUGGCGAUGGUGCAACAUGUCAGCGACAACUGUGCACUCUAUGUGCAGCCGGGUCUACUUGCACUGGCUCGGAAUGCACUUGCUCUUCGGGUUUUAGUGGAAACGGCAUCGCUUGCACAAGCUCUACAUCUGCUGUGGUUCCAAUAAACACACCGCCGAUCAUAAGUCCUAGAACAAGCGAGUGCAUCGAUCCCCUAUGGUCGGACAUUGCUAAAGAACUGAUGAUCGAGCGAAAAGUUAUACUCGAUGGCGCUUCUGUAGGAUGGGUUCCUUGCAUUAAGCUUCUUACCCAGGCUUUUGCGGAAGUAUAUGCCACUGUCCAUGUUAAACGCGUUGAUUUAUCAGACAACAAAAACAUUCUGUCUCAAAUCCAGGAGCUUAUCGCUUUUGGCGACGCGUUGACCGGAAUCCAUUUCCAAACUGACGAGAUUCUUACUUAUGCCCUUGAAGAGUGGUCAGGAUUAUUUGAUUUAUGUCGAAUAGCUGGGCUCAAAAUUUCCAUCGACGGAUACAGCAACAACUGGGACAUUCGAUUUGCAACAGAAGUUGAUUUUAUUGUUAUUUUCGAUGCGCCAGUGGCGGAGUUUGGUCUCAAUUGUUUUGCAGGACAUUCCCGAGGACCAUUCUGUCGACAAAAUCAAAUCACCAAAGAAGAAUUGAAAAAGAUUGAAAAUGCGGUAGAGAUCGGACUAUUUUCAAGGUCGAAAUUCGGUGCAAUAAUCAGAAACGUCCCGGAGCGGCUGGUGAGUCAAGUAAUCGCAGAUGCUGAAAAGUCUGUCGCUGGGAGUUUGUUUGUGACUUCCCAUGGGCUGCGUGCUGCCACGUUUCAGCUUCCGGAGUAUUGGCCUGACUUUUUAGAAGAAGUUAAAAGAAUUAACACCCAGAGGAAAACAAGUUCAUGUGGCUGCCACGAAAUUGAUGAAUGCGAUAGCAAUCCGUGCCCACUAAACUCCAAGUGCUCGAAUAAUGUUGGUAGCUUUGAUUGUGUUUGCGAUGAAGGUUUUGCCUUGACGCCGGAUGGUCUUUGUCGGGAUCUGGAUGAGUGCUCACUUGGACUCCAUGAUUGCUCCGCUAACGGCGAAUGUGUUAACUUGUCGCCAGGUUUCCAGUGUUCAUGUCUACCCGGAUUCGAAGGAGACGGCAAAAGCUGUGUGGAUAUUGAAGAAUGUGCGAUUGUUCUUGGCUCAACCGAUACUAUGGAUGUGAAAGUUGCAGAAGAACUCGCUUCUGAGUUGGAACUUGAUGGCUUCUAUUUUGAAUUCGACGAUUAUAGGAACGAUAAAGCUCUCGAAAUCUUCCGAGAAUUAAAAAAUAGCGGCCAUUUCAUCGCUAUAAAUGGCCAUGGACGCGCCUGGGACAUCACCACUUUACUGAGUAUCGAUUUGGUGAUCACCUUCAGUGGAAGUGAGUUCGACUUCCGUCACAACUGUAUUUUUGAUCUCUGCAUCGAAGACGAAGAUACUCUUAGCGAAAUUCUUACUGCUAUUGACAGAAAAUUCAUCUCGCGGACCCGAUUUGGAACAAUUAUUCACGAAGCAGAUGGGACAAACAUAAACUCAUUAUUCGAAAAUGUACUGCGAUUCCGCUCUCCGCGUUCCAUCUUUGUGUCAGACAAAUUGCCGACAGAAUAUUCUGACAUCAUCGACGAAUCAGUUCGACUUAAUAAUGAGAUGCUGGCGUUUACUGCGCAGGAGGUAGACUUCUCCGACUGUGGCUGCAAAGAUAUAAACGAAUGCGUCACAAUGGUCAAGCCGUGCCCAGAUGAUUCUACAUGCACAAAUAUGAACGGGGGUUUCCGCUGUAGCUGCUCGUUUUCUUGUGAGUGCGAUGCUGGAUUCAGACCAGGACCCCUUGGUGUGUGCUUGGACAUUGAUGAGUGCCAAGAACAAUUGGACAAAUGCGAUAUUAUGUCCACCUGUAUUAAUAUCGAAGGACAUUACGCAUGUUCCUGCAUUGAUGGUUUCGAAGGCGACGGGUUCUCUUGUGAAGACGUUGAUGAGUGCAUAGGUGUAAACACAUGUAGUCCAAAUGCAGUUUGCCAAAAUACAGUUGGCAGCUAUACUUGUUCUUGCAAAGAUGGAUUCGUUGGUGACGGGCAAAACUGCGAAGACUUUAACGAGUGCUCGAUGCGACCCUGUCAUUUGAUGGCCGAUUGUAACAACUCAGUCGGAAGCUUCCAAUGCGAGUGUAUUGAGCCUUCGUGGAAUGGGAACGGAUUUAGCUGCACAAAAGACAUCUGUUCUGGCUGCAUUGAGCAGGCACGUUGCGAAGACAGCGGAUUGUGUAGUUGUCCACCUGGCUUUAGCGGGUCUGGAUAUUCUUGUCCUAAGAAUACUCUUGCAAUUCCAGUGAAAGAAACGGUUGAUAAUUUGUUUCCAUUCGCCCCAUCUUCAGUCGAUUUUGACGUGUGCACAGAUGAAUACUGGAGUCAAAUAGCAUCGGACGAUGAUAACUGCGUUUUUAUUGACGCCAGUGUUCUUUCCGACUCACCGUGCUUGGAUGAAGUGUCGCGUAGAAAAAUUCAGAUUUUUGUCACUGUCGAUGUUUCAGACGUUUCUAUCGAAAAUAUUAUGGAAGAAAUAGUGGCUAUAACGGAAUCAUCGCCAGUGAGACUAUCCGGAAUUCAUCUGAAAAAUCCGAAUACCGAAAUGGGCUUUGACGAUCCUUCAUUCGACGUCAUUUUUGAAUAUAUCCGUAGCCUUGGGCUCAAAAUAUCUAUACUCGGAUAUGGACAACUGUGGUCUAUUAAUACAGUCCAAAAAAUCGACACCAUUGUGGUCUUCGAGGGCGGUUACGAUGACUUUAUGUUAGACUGUGGAGAAUUUGGUGUGGGUCCGUUCUGCAAAGAAGGUCGACUGGGCGAUUAUGUCGAUCGAGGAAAAUUUUUAACGUUUUUCUUCGACAUUCCCAUGGAAGACAUUGAAAUUUUACUCGACGAGCAUUUCGAAGGUGACCUCGGUGGAGGUAUCUUCAUCUCUGAUCAAAAACUCGACUCUGUUACAUACAGACCAUCGUAUUUCCAAUAUCUUCAGCAUCUUGUUCUAAAAAAAUCUCGUGAGAGGAACAAACUUUCAAACUGUGGCUGCCGAGAUGUUGAUGAAUGCGCUACCGGAAAAUCAACUUGCCCAAGUCACUCAGAUUGCACAAACAUUGCUGGAGGAUAUCGAUGCUCUUGCUCGGCCGGAUUCGCGGAAAUCCUAAAUGAAGGCUCGAUGACAUGCAUUGAUAUUGAUGAGUGUUUUUUUGGAACCCAUAAAUGCUCCAUCAAUGCAGUCUGUCAUAAUACCGUUGGGGGUUUUGACUGUACAUGCAACAGUGGCUUUAUUGGCGAUGGAGAAAUCUGUGAAGACAUAGAUGAAUGCAACGAUUCCACAGAAAGCUUAUGUGCCGCGAAUUCCCACUGCGUCAAUUUCGAAGGCACCUUUGCUUGUAUUUGCGAUUCCGGAUUUUCAGGAUCGGGUAGAAGUAUCCAAGGAUGCCAAGACGUUGACGAAUGCGCUCUUCGUACAGCGUCAUGUCCAGAGAACUCCAAGUGUAUAAAUGUGCUAGGCGGGUUCACUUGUAACUGUAAUCCUGGCUACGAAAGAAGAUCUGAUCAGUGUGUCAAUAUCGACGAAUGCGCAAAUGACUCAGACCGGUGUCACCCAAUGGCCAAAUGUACGGAUACAGACGGAAGUUACUUUUGUGAAUGUCUAGGAGAUCUUCAAGGCGACGGCUUCAACUGUGCUCAGGACAUAUGUAGCUCGUGCACUUCGAUUGCGGAUUGCGACGGAGAUUCUUGCCUGUGCCCAGCUGGAUACAAGGGCACUGGGGUUGAAUGUCCGACGACUGACGGUCUCAUGGUCCCGAUGACUCCAUCUUUGAUUCCGUCUUUCGACGACAAGACGCGUGAAUGCACAGAUGAUUACUGGUUAACGAUCGCUGAAAUACCUGGAUCUUCCGUUAUAAUCGACAACCCAUCUGGGAAGUGGAAACCGUGUAUGCACGAUAUACUCACUAAGGGCGUUGAUGUUUACAUUCGUCUUUCAACAACAGCAGAAGACGCGGUUAACAAGCUGAACUUUAUCAGCUCAAAUUUCAGAAACAGAUUUUCGGGAGUUUACUUGGAGCCUUGCUCGGAGACUAAAAUAACUAUGACACUCGCAAAAUCUCUUGGUCUUAAAGUUGCUGUCGAUUUAUCAGACUGUUUUGUUUUCGACGAUUUCAUGAAGUCCGCUGAUAUGAUAACCCUCUAUCGCGGAAAUAUGGAGAACUUCGAUGGUAGCUGCGGCCAUUAUGGAAAGGGUCCAUUCUGCUCUCAUGAUCGAAGCGACGAUAUCGACCGUUUGUACCAAUGGAGCGUGUCGUUAGCAGACAAGUCUAAAGUUCCGAAGUUCGUUUCAAUGAUCUUCGAAGUUCCAGCAUCAGGGUUUACGACUGCGGUUGGUAGUCAUUACAGCCAGCAUUUUCGCGGAGGGAUGUUUAUAACUGACUCAACCCAGACUGGUCAAUUAAGACCCAGUUACUUUAGAGCAAUAAGUAACCUGGUUCUUGACCAUAAAGAGCUACAGACGCCUUGCGAUUGCAUUGAAAUUGACGAAUGCGCGGAAGAGCUGGCCGAAUGCCCCCCGAAAUCGGAGUGCAAGAAUUUGGUGGGCACGUACGAUUGUAUUUGCGACGCUGGAUUUGAGAAAGUUUCCUCUGGAGAGUGUGUCGAUAUCAAUGAAUGUCGACGAGAAUCCGGUCUCUGCCACUCGGAAGCUGUUUGCAUCAACACUAUCGGCAGUUUUGAUUGCGCUUGUAAAGAAGGUCUUUUUGGAUCUGGCAAAAAUGAGAGAAAUGGAUGUGUUGAUGCGGAUGAGUGCAGGAUGGACAGUAACAAAUGUGCAUUUAACGCUAUCUGUAAAAAUACUCACGGUUCUUACGAAUGUACUUGUAACGAAGGCUACACUGGAAAUGGACAUAUUUGUGAAGACGUCAAUGAGUGUGUAGAACUCACGCAUGAAUGUCCAGAAAAUAGCAAAUGUUUCAAUAACGAUGGAUCAUACUUCUGUGAAUGCCUAAGUGGCUACGAAUCGUCGGGACAAACUUGCGUUGAUGUUGAUGAAUGCUUGCUUGGCAGUCACGAAUGUCAUUUGAUGGCGGAAUGCGAGAAUACAGCCGGAAGUUAUUCUUGCAUGUGUAUUGAUGAUUGGGACGGUGACGGAAUCACUUGCUCCCAGCACAUCUGCGAUCUUUGUUCAAGUGAAGCGCAUUGCGAAGAAAAUUCAUGCUUUUGCAACAAGGGGCUUCAAGGAUCUGGAAUUGCUUGCGGUCCAGCCAAAUUCCCGUUCAUCGUUCAUCAAGAUCAGUCUUGCAAUGAUUUGUUGAAGAACCUCUCUCUCGAAAAGACCAUGUUCAUCUUCACCGUUCCAAAUAAUCCAUGCUCCGAGGAGAUUCGAGGCAAGGGUGGCGAGACAUGGAUUUUUUCCGACAAUAUUCAACCUGAGAAAUAUACUGGAAUAUUGGUUUCAGAGCAUUUACUCUCCAGCCAUUACGUCAACUCUCUUCGCAAAGAAGGUCUUCUUGUAGGCGUUGAUCUUACAGAUUCUUUUAAUAACGUAAUCGCGAGCACUGAAAUUCUAGACGAGCUCGAUUUCAUUCUCUACUCGGCUGGACCCAUGAAUAGUUAUUUGGAGAAAUGUUCAGACUCAAGCUUCGACCUGUGCUUUAAAAAGGCGUCACAUAAUCAAGGCGCUGAAUUAAAAAAUGUCACCAAGAACAGAUCAAUCGGGCACAUCCUUUAUAAUGUUGCCUGGGACGACUUUCCACGCGUGCUAGACACGUUUGAGGCUUUUGGAGGAAAUAUCUUCUUGACUGACAAAAACCCAGACGAAGCGGGUUUUCCGAUAUACUUAGAUGACGAAAAACUCAUACUUGCAAGAAAGAGCUCUGGAAACUGCGGAUGUUCGGAUAUUGAUGAGUGUGCCGCUAAGAUCCACGAUUGUCCUGAGCACUCCACGUGUGUGAAUAAUUACGCGGGCUUUUCAUGCGAGUGUGAUAAGGGAUUUAUAAAAGAAUCUGGCGAGUGCCACGACAUUGACGAAUGUCAAAUUGAUUCUUGUCCUGUUCACUCCGAGUGCGUCAAUACAAAUGGCUCUUUUGACUGCAAUUGUGUCGACGGAUUUAUCAUGGAUGAAGGCGAGUUUAUUUGUCAGGAUGUGGACGAGUGCUCCUUCCGCGUGAACGUUUGCCUCGCUGACGAGAAAUGCAAUAAUGAAAUUGGCAGUUUUUCCUGCGAAAUGGAUCGUAACACAAAUUAUGACGAAUGUCAAUUAGGCACCCAUUUGUGCCCAGUUAACUCGGUAUGCACCAAUUCAUAUUACAGAAUUACUCCUCGUGGUUACACUUGUUCGUGUGCCCCCGGUUUCGAAUGCAAAAACUGCUUUACUGGGAUGAAUGUUGAUGAUUACGCAUGUGACGAUAUUGACGAAUGUACUGAAAUGCUUCAUGACUGUCACGAGUCAGAGAUUUGCUCUAAUCUACCGGGAACUUACCAGUGCCUCUUUGACCCGUGCGCGCAUGGUAACCACAACUGUCCAUCGUUGGCUGAUUGUACCGCUAUUUCUUCUGGAGAUCCCAGUGAACCGACCUUCCAGUGCUCCUGUCAGCCAGGAUACGAGUUUGAGCCUUUAAACUCUAACAAUUCUGUCAUUAUUUGUUCUGACGUUGACGAGUGCGAGAAGCAUCAACACAAUUGCUCUGGAAAUGAAAUCUGCCAUAACCUCGAGCCAGGAUUCGAGUGUCACCAAGCAGAUUGCGCGCAACUUGACUGCUCGCAUUCGUGUCUGAAUAACACAUGCGUUUGUCCUGAAGGAAUGAAGCUCGACGACACUGAAAUAAACUGUCAGAUUAAAGACAGCGAAGUUGAUAUCAUGUGCGAUGGUGAUUCUAUGAAGGUCCUCGUUCGGAAGGCAUUUUAUUCGCAGAUGUCAGUACUCCAGUUGGCCGAUCCUACUUGCAACAUGGAAAAUGGAAACGUAGUUGAUGUCAACGAAGAAUAUUUUAUGGUAACGGCGCCACUGGACGGAUGUGGAACUCGAGUAGAAGUCGAUGAUAAGCACAUUUUGUUUAUUAACACGCUUUACGACAAUAAAGGAAGAGCUCAGGAUCCGAAAUCGGGAGCUUGGAUUCGAACACAUUCUGUUGUAACGUUAGAGUUUGCAUGUGCAUAUCAAACUGUUGUCGAUGUUGACAGUGAAGUCACUGUUGAGCCAGCUUACGUCAAAGGAUCUAGUCGAGGCACUGGCAAUUUCGAUUUCAAGCUGCAAACUUACUCCGACUCAACAUACAGUACUGUUGCAAAUGAUGGCUUUAAAACUGGAGAACUUAUGUUUUUCGAUAUAAGACUUGACCGAGCUGUUGAAGGAGUUCAGUUUACAGUGACGGACUGUACGGUUUGGGACAAAGCAAAAGAAAAACACUAUAAUGUGAUAGAAGAUCAAUGCCUCGACAGCUAUAUCAAGGCAGCUUCGCUAGAUCCUGUUGUUGUGCCAUUCCGAGCAAGAUUUUCAUACAUAGUGUUUGAGUUUUUGGGAGCAAAAGACGCCUCCGAAGUGACACUUUCGUGUAAGAUAGCGAUUUGCCAUCCUGGCGAUGUCUUCUAUUCUCAAUGCGCAGCAGGAUGCGACCUCCCAAACCAGCCUAGUCCCGAGAGCCGAAAACGAAAGCGGCGUAGUUCAGCCCUUGACAUCAUUUUUUAA